AUGAGAAUUGACUACGAUAAUCUGAAAAGUGGAGUGAGGAAACGAUUGUCCGACAUUGAGAACACGAAACAUGCCAUUUCCGCAGAGAAGGCAAUGAACGAGGAGAAGAGGGCCAACUACGUGACUUCCUUCGAGUACUUUGACGACGACAAGGACGGGAGACUGGACUACGACCAGUUUGAUUCAUGUAUGAUCAGUCUUGGCGUCAAUGUUGGGGUUGGUGUGGUUAUUUCAGAAUACGAAUCAAUUUGCCAAUCGUCUGGACAGGCAAUUCAGGUUGGCAGUGGUUUUAGUUUUGCGACUAAGGAAUGUUAUUUAACCAACGAAUAUCAAAUUGGGCAACUCGACACGAUUGUUCCAUUUCCAGCAACAUCUGAGUUUUUGCGUAAACUGGGAUGGAAAGGGCAAGAACAAUUUCUCGAAGCACCUCAGGAGAUUUGGUAUUCGAAAAGUUCUCCACGUCGAGUGAACGGAUAUGUCAAACAAGCCAACAAUGUUCUACAGGUCCUCGUACGAAAUGCUGGGCACAUGGUGCCAAUGGACCAGCCCAAAGCUUCCUUAGAAAUGAUUCGCAAUUUCAUAUACGACUUGCCAUUCUAA